AUGCCCCAAGAAAGACACAUAAUUGUCGUCGGCGCUGGAGUGACAGGCCUCACAUCUGCCUACUUCCUCGCAGAAGAAGGCUACAAAGUCACAGUCGUUGCGGCGCAUGUGCCUGGAGAUGAGAGUAUUGAGUACACGUCGCCUUGGGCAGGAGCCCACUGGCGAACCUCAGCAACGCCCGACCAACCCACCAUCUGCGACUGGGACGUCCAGACAUACGACUAUUGGAUCGAUGUCCUGAACUGCGAAGAUGCAGACAGCAAGCUCCCCAAAUCCGGCCUCAAAAUGCAAACCUCCAACCACUACUGGGACGCCCAACCCACCGAAUCCCUCUGGUGGGCCCCCCACGUACAAAACUUCCACCAACUCUCCACUGUCGCCGGCCCCGUUUCCGCUCUCAACGACUCCAUCCCUGGCGGCUCGCCGAAAAUCGCCUGGGCGGCGUCCUGUCGUGCUCCAUCGAUCAACGUACCGCAGUACCUCCUCUACCUCCGCGCCAAAGCGGAGGGGCUAGGCGUGAGCGUGAUCAAGUCCCGCCUCCCGACGAUUUCUGGUCUGGAAACCGCCCUGGACGAAGCAGAGCGUGUCGCAAUGGAGUGUGGGAGACCGAAAGCCGAUCUCUUCAUCAACGCCACCGGCUUAGGGGCGGCGAAACUCUGCAAUGAUCAGAUGAUGUAUCCGAUCCGCGGCCAAACAGUCCUCGUGCGCGGCGAAGCCCAUGCAACCCGUACACGCAGCGGAGACGGGUACGUGGCAUAUUGUAUCCCGCGGCCUGGGUCCGGUAUGACGAUUCUGGGCGGGACGAAGGAGGUUGGGGUAUGGAGCGAAGCUGUCGACCCUGCCACGACUGCGAUCAUCCUGGAGAGGAAUCAGAUUUUUGCGCCGGAGCUUUUGACGGGAGCGGAUGGCGGGUUCGAGGUCGUGAGUGUGCAGGUUGGUUUGCGACCCGGGAGGGAGGGGGGACCGAGGGUGGAGGGGGAGGUUGUGGGCGGGAGACUGGUGGUGCAUGGGUAUGGGCAUGGGAGUGGGGGGUAUCAGAAUAGUGUGGGGAGUGCUAGGAUGGUUGUUGGAUUGGUUGAUGAGGCUUUUGGCGCAAGAGGCGGUGCGUCCGCGAAGCUGUGA